GUUAAUAGCGGACCUGCUGCGCUGCACACACACACACACACACACACACACACACAGAUCCUCCUGUUACAGGGGUUUCGGUGUGAAAAUGGCACACUUUCAGCUUUCUGUGCUCUUUGGUUUAGGAUUAAUCACACUGAUAAAUGGACAGUGUGUGGUGGACUUUCAAAAUGGCACAGUUUCCAAUAACGGUUCCUCAUGCUCUUCAUUCUCAAAUACAACGCUCAACAACAUCCUCACCUGUUCAGCUAUACAACUUUCAGACUCGUCGCAGGGGAAUGUCAAUAAUCUCAAAGCAUUUACUGACUCUUCCUUUGAUUUGUACACAUUGCUGAGAUCUAGACUUGACAUUGGUCUUGUCGCGAGAUCCAUCAAUAACGUCAGGUCAAACGGCUCAAUAGCGGGAACCCUGAGUGAUGCGGAUUUUGCAAGCCUCUGGUUUCAAGUGAAGCUCAGUCCAUACCUGUCCUCACUGUCCAGAGAGACGCUCUCCUGCCUGAGUCAAAGCAGCCUCACCUGCCAGAGCUUCCAAGCACUGCUAAACAAUCUAAGCUCGCAAAUCGGCACUGAAAGACAAAGGAUGGUGUAUCAGAACUUCAUAAAACCUUUUCUGGCGAAAUAUACAGCUACCGGUGCUGUAUUUUGUGCACCUGACUUUAAUUGGGUGGCUGCCCUAGAUAAACUCACUUCAGAGCAAAAAGCUGAGCUGUUCUAUCAGUUGGAAGCGGCUGAUAGUCUAAAUAGUACUGCCGUCGAUCAGAUCUUCCAGAGUUUACUGCAGCCGUUUAAGAACAUAGUACUUAACGUGAGCCUCGCCAGUUCAACUGAUUCUGAAAAGAAUCUCACAGACUUCCUUCCCUUAUUGAGACCACUGGGAAGAUUCAUCAAUGCGACCGCUGUUCAGACAACAAAUGUCAGUACAAAUCUCAGAACCAAAACCAUAAAUCUUCUGGUGAGCUGGAUCAACGUCAAUGCCCCCAGCAACCCCCAAAUAAGCACUAUUAACAUCAGCAAUACCAGUGAUUGGCUUGAUACUGUGGUUAUUCCUCUGAUGAAGAAGACUAACCCGACUUACCAGGAUUUAAAUAAAAGUCGCACAAGUAUAGCCGAAUCUAUUUUUGCUCCAGUACCUCAAACUCCAGAUCCUGUCAACGUUUGUAAAGUCACCAGCAAUAACAGUUCCUGUCUUAUAUCACAGAAUGGAGAGAGUCUGGCGAAAACGAUUAAAUGUGUUGCUCAAUCAAAUAUGAGCUUCACUGAGGAAAACCUGCGACUUUUGAUUACUGAAUUCUCCAGACCACUGCAGACACAGAUAGAGCAAUCCGUAAUGAACUCAUCUCAGAGCAACCUCACAGCCUUGUUUGCAGAACUGCCCGCUGAAAGCUUCACGUCUGGAAAUCUUGAUGAUGUGGAGUUCAUGAGAUUCUGGUUCCAAAUCAAGAUGAAGCCUCUGCUGCCCAACGUUUCGAAAGAAUUCCUGUCUUGUCUCCGCACACGCAACUUCAGCUGUCGGGCCUACAAGGCUCUUUUUGAGGGACUAAAUAAUAAUACUGGACUGAUGGACAAUGUGAGACAGAGAUGGAUCCUCAAUGACUUCAUUGUUCCUUUCUUGUCACAACGUCAAAGCACAGGUGUCGAUUGCACGUUGCCAUUUAUCAGCAGUUCGGACUUCAUCCAGCAAAACUUUGGCAAUUACUUUCAGCUUGCACAGCUUCAAGUUGUUUCAAACUUGAACCGCAAUUUUUCAGCUCUGGACGUGCUUCCUGUUCUCACAUUGGUGCAACUGGAUGAACUGGUGUUCGGUAAUGCUUCGGCAGCAGACCGAACGAACAUCCUCACAAGAGUCUUUGACUUCCUUCUUCAAAACGCUAGCAAAAACACAGUAGACAGCUUCCUCCGCUCUCUUCAGACACAGGCCAGAAAGGCAAACUUCACUUGUGAAAACUACAAAACUAUCUUUGACAGGAUCGAUCGGGCAUUACCACCAGUCCCUUCUAACCAGUCUGAAGCCCUGCUGACAAUCAGAGACUUAGUGAUGAUGAUUCCUCCCGAUGAGUGCAUUGAGAGAGCGAGUCAAUGCACAACAACUCCUUUGAAUGAGUUCCUCUGUACAAGUGUCAACAGCUCGGCUUUGGAUCGGUUCUUGAGAGCAGCUCCAAAUGCAACAGGCCCACUGAAUCUUUGUAACUUCACUGUGUUGGAGUUUGCCUGUCUACCAACGGUGUCACAGUUAAACUCUCAACAAGUGGCCGAUGUGUUGGCUUGCAAACAGCCCAGCAAUGUGGGAAAAGAGACCUGGAAGCUUUUCUUCACCAAAACCAGCACAGUCCUUGAUGAUGCACUGCUAAAAUUUUCCAACAUGACUCCCAGUCCCAGCAAUGUGUCUUGGUCUGAUGUUCUGGAUGUGCUUGUUGACGUCCGGGUCGAUCGCUUUAGUCGCCAGAGACUGAGUGAUCCUGGCUUCAUUCGCUCAUGGUUUCAGGGUCGACUGAAGCCCUUCUUACCAUCAGUAUCUCAAAGAGUCCUGUCCUGUCUCAGCCACAAAAACCUCACCUGUGACAGUUACCGCAUAAUCACUGAGGCUUUUGUGAAUGCACCUUUACGAGAUGGGCAAGAUGUUUGCCUUCCACUGCAACCCAAUGCCACUCAAAGACAGGAUCUGAUCUACACAGAAUUCAUGAAAGCUUUCCUCUCUCGCAAUGACACUGACGAUCCCAGCUGCCUUAGAAAUACAACCAACAGCAUGCAGUGGAUCAACAGAAACUUUGGGCCGUUCGUUCAGUCAGCUCCGCUAACAGAUCUUGUGGCACUGAACAGAAACUUCACAGCGGUGGAUGUUCUACCUCUUUUGGCUCUACAACAACUAGUCGAGUUUUCAGCCUCUCCUGGUGCACUAACAGGUCCUCAAAACGUCAGCAAUGUCAUGCAAUUUGUUAAGAAUUGCCAGCUUCCUGAUUUCUUUGACCGCUUUUUCCUGAAACUGCAGGUUAACCUCACACAAGAUGUAAAAGCAGCACUGAUAAAGCAGAUAUUUGACAGAGUCAACCUGUCUAAUCAAACUAUCCCUGAUCAGGAAGUUGAUUUCUGGUUCCAGAAUAGAAUAAAACCUCUGUUAGCCAACCUUUCAGAAAGCAUUGUGUCUCCAUUGUUCAGCAUCCUCAGCACAAGGAACUGCAAUAUCACUCAAACCGCACUGCAGCUAUUAGACGCUGUUCGAUCUUCAGUAGCAACAAAUACCAAAAAUGCGAUCUACAAUAGCAUUAUUCAGUCCUUAAAAGGGUCACAGCCUCUGAGGUGCUACAGAAACAACAGCUUCAUCACGUUCCUAAACGAAAGCCUGUUCGGCUUUGGGCCACUUCCAAAUCUGACCACCUUCCUCUCUCUGAUGCCACAACCUCGGAGAUCUGAGCUUGUAAACUCUAUAUCUCUUUCUGAACUGGGAAGCUACUUCACACAGCCGGAAGUGGUGGACAGUAAUUCACAAAUCUGUGUCAUCUUUAACAACUUUAACAGAACCCCUGACUUCUUGGAAACCGUAGAGGUUCCAGAUAAUGUUAAAAGCAGCAUCCUUCCCUGUGUCUGGCCUCUGGCACUGAAAACAGACAAUCAGACGGAGAUUGAUUUGUGGUUUGACCGUAGAUUGAGGCUUUACUUGAAGUUCCUGAACAAAGAUAUAUUAGGGUCACAAGAAACACUGAGUGCAUCCUGCCUGUCAUACAGGAAAAUGGUCAAUGUUUUAGGCAACAAUUUCACCUUUAAUGGUUCUAAGAUUUCCAGUGAAGAUGUGUACACCACCAUCAAGACAUAUCUGAAAGCAGACACUGCUCCAAAAUGCUACAACUCCUUUGACCCUAAUCUUAACUCAACUGCGUGGUUCGUUAACAACAUUGGUAUGUUUAUAACUUUUAUGAGUCUGGACGAUCUCUACUCUUUCGGCCCUGAGAAGACGGUACAAAUCUUCACUGUGAACCCUGAAAACAUAAAACUGUUCAGUCAAAAGACAAUUCCGAGGAACGUGCUCAACCGCUACACUGAACUCAUCUUUCGACAAAACGUCAACUUUAAUCUGUUUGACCUGCCAUCAGUUUUGCAGUGUGACGCCCCAGUAUCAACUUUCACAAAACUAAAUGAGACUCAAACUAAUGUUAUUCUUGUAAACUUUAAUUCAUCUUGCUCCAAUGUGGAUCCUGCAAUAUCUACAGCCCUUGCAGGAAACAUCAAAGUCAUAAAUGCUGAAGCUAUCACCAGCUUGGGAAAUAAAGUCGUUGGCUUAACAACUACACAAAUAACCUCAGCAUCUGCAUCGGUUCUUUUCAGUGGGCUCUCAACACUGAGCGCUGUGUCUGGAUGGAGCCUCGGACAAGCCAAGGCUGUCAUAAACGUGCUUAUCAAGGACUAUCAGUUCACCAAUUCCAGCAGUUUGCUGAAUCUUGGAUCCCUGAUUGGAGGGAUGCCUUCAACAAUACUGACAACCAUUCAGGCCGGCAGAAAUUGUUACCACAUUAAAAAGUACAGUAUUUGUACAAAACAUACUGGCUGCCCCAGAAAUUGUUCAGAAGACCUUUGUGACCCAGGUAAUCAAAUUGAGUUCGUCACCAGCUGACCUAAUGACAAACGUUCCCAAUGAAAUGGCUGUUCAAAUUCCAAGAAACUUUCUGAGGAAUUUCACCAAUUUAAAUGUAGAUGUUGUGAAACAGUUGAACAAUAAAAAAUGGAAAACUGAACAGGCAGUUCUGUUCUUUGAUACUGUUGCAAAUGUUUUUGAUCAACCUGAUGAUCUGUCAGUGGAAAUUUUGCAAGGAUUUACAUGCUCACGUGUACAGACAUUCAGCCAAACUAAAAUAAAAGGCCUGAUCAAAGCCUGCAGACGGAGAGCAGGCAGACCCAGGGUGGUACUGAGCGAGACUCAGCUGACUUGCAUGUACAACCUGGUGAGAAAGGAAUCACCUGUGGAUUUUGAAAGCUAUCAUCCAGAUAUGUUGCUGUACUACAAUUAUGGAGCAAUCAACAAAACCAUCUGCCAGGCAUAUUUUACUCAGGUCGGAGCAGCAGAUCUCUCAAUCUUUUCAAGCACGCUGAGAGGAAGAAGGGACAUCUUGUGGAGCAAAUAUAUAGAUUGCUUUGGCAUUUCUGGAACAAGCAUCCCGAAACAGAAUUUGGCAGUGCUGGGCAACUUGGCAUGUGCUGCAAACAGUGACUUCAUUACAAACUCAGACCCAGAAAUCCUUGAGAACUUGAAGAGCUGCAGCGAUCUCUCAGAUGGGCAAAUAUCAGCCAUGGAAACUGUUCUUAUCAAGGGAACUCCAAAAUAUG